UAUGCAUUAACUGUUCCUUAUCAUGAAAUGUGUGCAGUUAAGGAUGUGAUAAAGAAUCAUGUUACUUUGAAAUACGUUUUGGUGGCUGCUCCGAUUAAUCACUGGCAUAAAAUAAUCGUCUGUACGGACUGCAAACGUACAGAAACCUGUCAACGCGUGGGAACUUCAAAAGGUCCAGCGACUGCAAUCGUUAGUGUUCUGCAUCUGUCGUAAUUUAAACUCCGAUAUUGAAUGAUGUUUGAUUUAAUGGUCUAAGAAUUCAUGUGAAAUUACACCAGUUGAAUGACCCUACAUAUGUCAAGAUCAAGUAAUCACAUGUUAGUUGUAAAGUCAUUCGCGGGACGCUGUCAAAACAUGUAGGGGCGUGUUCUGUUUCCAUGAGUGGUAUUGGCCGGCGUGAGAUUGACAUCGGCAUGUGAGGAACUUGAUAUUGUUUUAUGUCUAUUGUUGACAUUUUUUGGUUAUUCAAUCACGUUUGUUUUCUUGUACAACACUCAAUCAACUGACAAAAUGCUCUUUGAAGUAAGUCUGAAAUACUAGUAUUGCGCAUAAUACAUUUGGAUAUACUGAAUGGCUCUGGGUGAAUAGUUCAUGUUCAAGUCUCAUAUAUGUCAAAGUUGCUCAUCAACAGUCAUCAAUGAUCAUGUUACACCAAUUAAGUGUGUUUGGUGUGCAUCAUUCCACUAGGGAGGAUCAUGGAUGCGUAAUUACAAGCUAGGAGUCCAUCGGUGGCUUUGGAUUACAUUACAAAUACUAUGAAAGCCUUUUCUGUCAAUGGCUGUCCCUGUCCGCUUGAAGAACAUGCCCGAACACAUCCGGGCACAAUAUGGCUUCCCUUACCCUCAAGUGGAGCCCCGGGCUCAGAGACAGCAAUGUAUGGAUGGUAGUCAAGAAUUAUGUGAAGAUUUACAAAUGUUACAAUUUCCAAAGACGAAGGUGAUCCUUUGGGAUCACACAGUCACUGGGCCACCGGUGUACCUUCACUUUGCCCAGUACAGGAAACCCCGGAUAUGUCUAUCAGAAAAAGUGUUGCGAAUUGCUCACCGCCAGUGUAUCAGCUGUGGUCAGUCUCGGGACUGUGUCCUGAUUGGAAGCCUCAAUGUAGAUGAUGAUGGAGAUGGUAUGAUGUUCAGUAUCGACCGAUUAGACAAUCGACCUAGUAGUGCUUCCACCCUGAAGAACCUGGCACCUGGUGAUGUGAUGAUCCCCAUACUGAUGAGUGUUAAUGGCGGUUCUAGAGGUGGCAGCUCAGUGGAAGACUAUACUAAUGCACUCAAGUUACUAAAACAACGCUGUGAGAGCAAGGAGACUGUGGAUGUGUGUAACUUCCUACUCACCAAGGGCUGGUGUAACUUCUACAGUCGAGGGGACCAGUCCAUCGCUCACCUUGACUUUGAUGUUGUCACAUUAAACACAGUCAUCAAGGCAUCUCCCAUAGCACCAGUGCCCAUUGUACCUACAGCCCUGUCUAAGAACCUUUCAGGUCCAAGGAGUAUCAGCCAUGUGCAGGGAACUCCCAAGAGUGGCUACCUUACAAUGGACCACACUCGGAAACUGUUACUGGUCCUCGAAUCGGAUCCCAAAGUGCUUAAUCUUCCAGUUGUUGGCAUCUGGGUGUCCGGUGUUGCGAUGAUUCACCACCCAUUUGUGUGGGCUAGCUGUGUUCGCUACCUCCAUAACAAGGUCCUGCAAGACAGGGUGUGUAGUCCGCCGGAAGGGUUCUUAGUGGUGCUUUACAGCCCACUCCAUUCUCGGCCCGAGUUCUAUGAGUGCAACACUACCACUGGAAACAACAAGAUCAGCUUUGACCUGUAUGGUGGAUAUGAAGCAACAAACCUCAACACAAGUUCCGUGAGUCUACAGAAUGGCCUUCUGGAGUGUGAGCUGACCAGUGUCCAGCAGGGGAAGAAGCGGGAAUUGUUCGAUGCCGCCCUCACCCACUGUAAACAGCCAAUGAGUGAAGUGUGUCCCCAGACCCAGAAAGAAGAGCGUGGUACAGGUUCAGAAGAUAUUGUGCCCAGAUCAAUGCCAGCUCCACAUCAGGCCAGGAUGUUUUCAGCACAGCCAAUGGUACCCGAGGUUUCUUUGUAUUUUCCUGAUUCUCCAUCACAAAAUAUGCCAUCCACUGUUCGAUCAGAGGCUGGUAAAUCUCAUGGUCAGGGGCCUAACAAGCACUCACAAGUGCCACAAGAUUUGGUCAGGCAUAUGACGUUCAGUCCUCCUGUGACACCAAGAAAUGGUGUUGAUGCUGAUCCCUCCACUCCCAGGAGCCUUCCAGAGAUGUCACACAGUGGGAUACCCCGACCACACAAACAUGUUGCAUUUACCAGGGUGGAUGAAGAGUCUCAGCCAAACUCUAUUCCACCUUCUCAGGGUCACAGAAUGAUGAAUGGAGGUCACAGUGUUAAUAUGGGUGGUGUAAUGCAUGGACAAUACUAUCAGGGUCCCUACAUGCAAAAUGGACACCAGCAGAAUUCUGUGCCAAGUGGAUGUGAAAAUAACGUUCAGGGUUACAAUCAAGCUGAGCAGUAUAGGCAAUGUACCAAACAGGGUUUUGUUGAUCCUAGAAUGACUCAACAUGUUCAGAAUGCAUAUGUUAACCAAAGUGUCCAGGAUUUAAACAUUAACCAGAACUGUUAUCCACACAAUCAAACAAGACAUUUGAAUGGAAAUGCUCCACAGCAUUCUGUUAUACCUCCUCAUCAGUUAAAUAGUGCUCUUCCCCUCCCACAUGUACAGCAGCCCUCUCACAAGCCCCACCCUACAGCCCAGCAAACCAGCAUUCCACCUUCAGGGCCUCACCUACCCCACCAGAGCGUGCCUGUACCCCAGGGGUAUCACCCCCAGCCAACACAGCCUCCAUCUGCUCCACUCUCAGCACCUACCUCGGCUUCCAGUGUACCCACUCAAUACACACAACUCAAUAGUGCUUUUACUCCUAACCCUCACCAAGGAGGGCUUAUACCUCACCACCCCCAGCAAGCGACAGGGUAUCCUCCCCAGCAGAAUCUGCUUGGUUUUGUACCUCAGCUCCACACUUCCUAUUCAUCUAGUCGAGUUCACACAGAAAGCACUUGUAGUGGUAAAUCUAGUGAUGACAGUGGUCUUAGUGUCACACCAGACAGGUCCAACCCAUCUCCUAAAACAGGCAGCCCCAACACACCAGACAAGACCAACUCUAAUCUCCCUUCUGGGAUAGACACUAUAAACUGGGAACAGGUGCCCCCUGAGAUCUAUCAGUUGAUCCUGGCCCAGAAUGCUCAACUUCAGCAACUACAAACUCAGAUGCAGCAGCUCUUGAAACAACAGUCGCCUGUUGAGACUACGCCAACACCACACACAGUUCAAACGGAAUCUGGGAUUGGGGUGUCACCGAGUACAAGAGAGACAUGUGAAACAGCUGUCAACACAACACUGUUCUUCCCCAGCCCUGGAGAAACCACACUUCGCCAUGGUGUCCAAUCAGUGUCUCUGCAGACCAGUCCAGUAAAGACCAAAUCACCACAGUCUUCAACAAUGGUCCACCAUCAACAAGGACCAGAAUCCCAGCCCAGCAGCUCCACACAAACCCCCGUGGAGAUCCGGCACAAGGGAGCCCUACCCCUCAACAGCACACAGCGAGAUGACAAUGACCAGCAUGACAUCACACAGGGCGACCUGACAGCUGUGGUGGACAACAUCGGUCUACACAAUCAGACAGUCGAUAGUGUCCAGUCCGAGCUCAUCCUGGACAUGCCUAGCUACCAGUCUUCACCUACCAGUCGUUCGCCAAAAGACUCUGGGUCUCUUGACGGCAGCUAUCAGACAAGCCCCAUCAGUGCCAGCAUGUGUGGCCACAGCAAGGAAUCGUCUUCGCAGGGGGAGGAAGGAGAGAGUGAGGUUCUGGAUGAAGCUUACUAUGAACACUUGCUGGGCAAUAUCCGACAGUUGUUGGGUAAGCACAGUGAUAUGACAGGGGACACCAGUGAGACAACUGAUCUGCAGAUGAAGCUGCCUGACUCCACUCAAGGGGACACAAUCCUGCCCAGUCUCCCUGCCACACCCAGCAGCAAGGCCUCAGGGUCUGGCGGACCUGCACACGCACUUCUGUCUCACUUACAGUUGAGAAAUGGAGCCGACACAACCUUCAUCCCCCGCAUCAACUAUCUGUCCAUGAUGCUGGACUCUGACUCCGACACAUCCAUGGAGAUCAACGCCAUGGCUCUCAAGUACCUGAAUGAUGAACAACUCACACAGCUGGGCAAACUGAGAAAGAACUCCCUCAACCUUCCCAAACAGGUAUCCCAGAAUGCACUGCUGCGAAGAGUCCUCAUGUCAGACACCACCAUGUCCCCAGAUGUGUCACAAUAUGGUAUGUCCUCCAACAACGUUACCAUGGGAACACGGAAGUAUUUAGAGAAAUAUGGCUUGUUGAACUCCACUAAUGGUACGGCUUUAACAGAUGAAACUGUAACUUAUGAAACACUUCAGUUAAAGGUAGACUACAGUAUAGCAGCUUCCCCAGAUCGAUUAAGAGGGGACAGUCAACUCAAUGUAGCUUCCCUAGCAGGCCGCUCAAGGGACCACAGCACAGAUGUACGAAGUCCAUUAUGUGAAAGGACGAACAGAGUUGACAACUACUCUGGGUAUUCCAGUAGCAGUAAUGGGUCAAAGAGUCCUAUCAAGAAAGACUUUGUGGCAUACUCGCCGUCACCUCAAGACCCAAGAAGGCAUUAUCCAACAUCUCCAAUAAAGCGCCAUGUAUCGCCUCAACAUAUAGUCCACAGAGAAGAGGAUUCCUCACCAGGGUUACCCAAUCAUUGCAGGCGGUAUGAGGAGCCCCUGAACCAGCAUAGAUACCCUAGCACGAACACUAGUGAAUUUCAAGUGUUUAAUACAACAGAGUCAACAGACAAUAUUCUAGACAUAGAUAAACUUAGGCAAAUGCCAAAGCUGUUAUAGUAAUGGCUUAUUUUAGGUUCAAUAAAUAAAUUAUUUAGAUUAGAAAUAAUAGAAAAUAUAUUUCUCAUACUCAAAUAUAAUUGUGAUAUCUAUUAUAGUUAAUGUUUUUAUUGGCACAAUAUUAUGAUUACAUAGAUAUUUUGUCUUAGGAUAUUAUCUAAAUGAAUAGAAUCACUUCAAUACUAGGUAGACUGUACGAAGAACAUUCCUUUCAGCAUAUGGUUAGAAGUCUUUGUCAAAGUAACGAAUGAUAAAUGUAUUUGUAAGCAUUUUCUGACAAGGCCAUUGUCCAAAGAUAAAAUAUGGGCUUCCAAAACUGCUUGUAGACUAAAUGCAAACACAGUUGAAAAUCACGUUUAGGAGUUUGUGUGCUUGUUGGAUGCAAGUGUUCCUCAGACUUUUGACAUAAAUUGAUAUUCUCUCUUGUCGGAGGUGUGUGUGCAUGUGAUCAAUAUGGAAGAUGUGUGACAGAAAGGAUGUUUUAAUUGUAUAUUUUCCUUGACUGUGAUAUUUUUCUAUUCAGAUAUUAUGUGCAUUGGUACUUUGAGUGUCUUUGUGUGUUCAGUAGUUAAGGCAGUUGAAGUCCCUUCUUUCAUGAAAUUAUACAAAUGGAACAAGGAUUACUCAUGAUACACUACAUCUGAUAUCUGAAAUGAUAUUAACAAGCAGGCCUUUAGUACUUCAGUCCUAGCUCUGCCUGCUGCCACUCUAUGGAAGGCCCUGAGUUUGUCAUUUAACGUAAGUAAUACUCUUAAAUAAGGGAAAGGUGUUUUGAAAGGCUUCAUUAUUGUUGUGUUGAGAUAAGUAUUACAAUAAGUAUUACAUCGCGUCAGAUAUCAAGUAUCAGGACUUUCUGUAUCGUUGCACGUCCAGAAAAUAUGAAUGUUUAAGUCACAAUUCACUGAAGAAUGUUUGUUUUUGAACUGCCACAUUGACAAUUUUGAUAAAGUAUGUUCAUAGUUUUGAGAUGGUUCUCACAUGUUCAACGAAUGUCAGCGAUUUCCUCCAUGACUCACAGGCCAGAUAUAUGUAGAUUUGUUUUUAAAUGUUUUAUAGUUUUGUUAUGUACAUAACAUCCUAAUUUAAUAAAUUAUUUUAAUAUUA